CUUUAUCUGCGCUUGCGUGAGGUGAGAGGCUCAUAGGUCACUGCGCAUUUCUGUUCCGCCGCUCUGCUUGCUGCCGCCGCUGCUUCGCGUCGAAGUCUGAGUUUGCGUUGCAAAAGGCGAAAAGGGGACCGAACCAAGCGGCGAUGACGAAGUCCAGCGGCGACAAGACGGAGAAAGAACCGUGGCGGGGUUGCUAUUACAAGCUCGAGGAAGUCCAGAAACACAACCAUAGCCAGAGUACUUGGAUUAUUUUACACCGUCGUAUAUACGAUCUCUCAAAGUUUUUAGAAGAACAUCCUGGUGGAGAAGAAGUCCUAAGGGAACAAGCAGGCGGAGAUGCAACAGAAAGUUUUGAAGAUGUUGGACAUUCUACAGAUGCCCGGGCAUUGUCAGAAACGUUUAUUAUAGGGGAGCUUCAUCCAGAUGAUUGGGAAAAAGUUGAAAAACCAACGGACCAUUAUGUUACCAAUGUUGACUCUAACGUCAGUUCAUGGACCAACUGGUUGAUUCCAGCAAUAGCAGCUAUCAUUGUGGCCCUUAUGUAUCGCUUGUACAUGUCGGAGUAAACCCGGUAGUAAGAAGUAAUGAUGGGACACUCUGUUUUGGGCAAGAAAAUGAAAUAUAUACCUAGGGGCGCCAUAUCAGGACAGCAUCUUAAAACCAACUUUAAAGAAGUGCAUUCCUCUUUAUAUCAGAAUUAAAUGGUUUUAAUACAUAAUGCUGCCUUUUUCUAUUUUGUUUUCAAAUGCUAAUAUUUUUUUCUUUUAUAUCUUCAUGUCUAUCAUUUAAUCGCAUGUUGCUAAAAUGCUUCUCUUAAAAUUAAGAACACUCACAUAGUAUUCAGUUUCUUACUAUUUAAAAUUUGUCUGAUUCUUUCUAAUGAAUUAUUUAGGCUUCUUUUACAAAAAUAAGUUAGAUGGAAGUUUGUGUCUGUGCAAAUUUUUCCAUCUUUGUCAUUGUUUAUACUCUGAUGUAUUUUCUUUGAUGUAUAGCUGUAUCAUUUUUAAAGAAUUUUCAGUAUGGAAAUGAUAAACACUCAAAAUAAUUUCAGUUUUGUUAAGGAUAUUGCUGUAGAUCCAAAUAUUUCAUUGUGUAAAAAAAAUACUAAUUAUCCUUAAAUGAUUUAAGAUAGAGAGGAUUUAUAAUAGGUAUAAAAUCUUCAGUGGUCCUCAUUGUUUAUAUAACAUCUAUUGAACUUCAGAAGAAAAAAAAGAAAACAAUGUCAGAUAGAGGUAAAUAUAUACGUCGGUCACAGUAGGUCACAGAGAACAUUAAUCAAGAGCAAAUCUCGAUCUAAAUAACUUCAUCUUAAAAUGCUUAUAUACUAUGCUGUAUGGUUCUUGGCUGUAUUAUGGAUCUUUGAUUUAUUAAAUUGUUGUACAGGUAUGAAACAGCAGGAUAGUGUCCCUUCAAAAACGUGUGCAAGAAAUAAAACAUUUUCUUGUGUCUAUACAAAGAAAAAAAAGUACCAAUGAUUCCAUCUUAUUUGUGUUGCCAUCAAGAAGUUUGGAAAGUCUAUUGUAAGUUACCCUGGGUAUGGAUUUCAGUUAUCUGCUUAAACAUACUGUGUUGUUAGAGUUCUUAUAUUUAUGUAACUCAUGAUAUGUAAGAUGUUCCUAUAAGAUUUGCAUGCCUUGUAGAAUUCAGUACCUGAAAGCAAAUACCUAAUUUCUAGCACCUGUUCAUGCUCCCUUGGUAAAAUAUUAUAAUUAUAUUACAAAAAUAUUGACACUUAUCCUAGGCCCAUUUCCCAUUUCCAUGUUGACUCAGUUUAGCCCACAUCCCUGAAUUACUUUUCUCAAUGGCUUCAUGUAUGUGUUAAAGAGCAUGGGCAACAAAAUGGAUUCCUGAAGGAUUCCAUGGAUUCCUGGAUUCCUGGAGGUCACCCAACCACAAUGAGACAGAAGAAUACUUC